AUGUCGACGCUGUCGCGUAUGUCCGGUGGUCUGCAGUACAUGGGACAUACUAGCCGUGACUGGAAACAGAAGUUUGCCAGAGAAGAGUCCGAAGAUGAUGUCAAGAAACUUCUGGAUUUCUUCAAGAAAAUGCAGAAGAUAAACCCAGAGUUCUUCUAUGAUUAUGACAUUGAUGCAGAUAACCGUGCAGCAUUAAAAACUAUCCUCCCACAUACUCUGCAUAAGCUGUGCCGGUGGCAUAUCAUGAAGAAGUACAAAGACCACCUCGCCUUGCUGUAUAAGGCGCACGAGAAACUCAAGGUUGAACUCAAUGCGGUGCUGAACCACCCACUAAUGCCGUCAGAAUUUGAACGAGCAUGGAAGAACCUCAUUCAGAGAUACAACUUGCAAGACGACGAAGUGAUGAAUUCGCUGUGGGAUGACAGGCACGAGUGGAUCUCGGCUUACUACAAGGAAAUUUUCUGUGCUCGGAUGACUUCCACACAGAGAAGUGAGAGCAUGAACCGCAUACUGAAGAAAAUUUUUGUCAAGGAGAAGCAUGAUCUCCAUCUGUUUGCUCAGCAGGUGGACAAGUGCAUUCAGACCAGGAAGGCCGUCGAGCACGCAGAGACAGUAGCAAAUGAGUCAGAGGUAAAAACAACAACCAAGUUUGGGUUUGAAGUUCAGCUAUCAAAAGUGUAUACAAGGGCAGUGUUUGCAGAUUUCAAAGAAACACUCCACUGUAGCACUGCAUUUAGAGCAGAACGGUGCCCUGAGAACCCGACAAAGUAUCUCGUACACCACUACAACAGAUCGGAUGCAUUUGACUGGGCAAGGCAUAAUUUCCAUGUGGUCGCCGAUGAAAAGAAAGGUGUCUACGAAUUACUCAAGAUUCCUGAGGUGUACAUCAUGAAAAGAUACACCCGUAACGCAAGAUCAGAUGCAACCUUUGACAGAAGAGACUACGAACAAACAACACCAGAUGGAACCUCGCUUUUUUGCCGUAGAAAAUUGCUAACAGAAACAGCAAUGGACCUUGCAAACAGAGCGACAAGGUCCAACGCUGGGUGCCACAGAGCGUUGUCUGGUAUGAGGGCACUGAUCGAGGAAGUUGACGUGCUCAACGAAGAAGAAGAAGAAGAAGAAGAAGAAGAAGCAGCAAAACUAAAGCAAGCAGAGAAAUCCCAGCAUGACAAGAAUGCCGAGCAAGUAGAAAAUACUGAACAUAGCAGAACUAGUGCUAUCAAAAAACAAACAAUUCUUCCACCUCCUGUUUGA